AUGAUAAUGCAACAGAUCUGGAAAGAUCAAAUCGAAUGGGAUGAUCCACUAAAGGCGGAAACCUUGCGUAGUUGGCUUUCAACUUCACGGCUUUGUGAUGCUUCUGAUAAAGCCUAUGCUGCUACCCUAUAUCUUCGAACAACAAGCGAAACAGGUCACAUAUCAACUCAUUUACUUUUAGCCAAGACUAAGGUUGCCCCAGUAAAAUUCGUUACACUCCCCAGGAAAGAACUAUGUGGUGCUGAACUAUUAGCAAAAUUGAUCUCAACAUUUCUGUCCCAAGUUAAUUUUGAUAAAUGCAAUCUACAUCUCUGGACAGAUUCAACUAUUGUGUUAUCACGGCUUCAAAAACACCCCUCGCAUUGGACCACUUUCGUCGCCAAUAGAAUCACGUCUAUAGUAGAAAAAGUUGGAAAUGAUAAAUGGCGUCAUGUUUCCUCCAAAGAUAAUCCAGCUGAUUUGGGAUCUCGAGGCCUUACUGCAAAGGAUUUGAUAUGCAAUGAUCUAUAG